AUGUGGAGACCAGCUACAAAAGGCGUGAGCGGGACAAACGACGUACCGCUUGGUAACAAACGUCGAUUCGGCCUACCAGAAGAAGCUCCUCCAGCAGGCGGACCUCCUCGUGAUGCUGGCAGACCUCCCGCUUCUGAUAUUCAGUACUUCAAUGGUCGAAGUGAUCGAGAUAGGGGCAGAGACGAGAGGGACGAUUACAGACGCGACGACAGAUACGAACGUGAUCGUGGUGGUGACUAUGGUCGAGGAGGGGAUGAUCAUCGCCGAGACGAUCGCGACAGAUACGGAGGUGGUGGAGAUUCAGGGCGCGAAAGGAGUCGUUGGGACGAUGACCGGGGGCGCGAGCCUGAGAGGGGUAGAGAUCCCGCACCUCCUGUGUUAAAAUUGAAAUCUACAGACGGCCCCCGAAAGCGAAGAUCACGAUGGGGUGACGAGUCCAGCAAGGUGGAGGUCCCGGGUAUGCCCGUCGCUCUGACUGGAAAAGUCUCUCAAACUGAACUGGAUAACUACGCCAUUCACGUUCGCUUGGAAGAGAUCAACCGAAAGCUGAGGACGGGUGAUGUUGUUCCUCCAGAACGCGAAAGGUCUCCGUCUCCUCGACCUCAAUACGAUGCGUAUGGUCGAAGGACAAACACUCGAGACAUUCGAUAUCGCAAAAAGCUCGAAGACGAAAGGUUGAGACUCGUCGAUCGAGCUAUGAAAUCCGAUCCCAAUUUCCGUCCUCCUGCCGAUGUUGCUGCUGCUCGUCGAGGUAAUCGACCUCAGGACAAGGUGUACAUUCCAGUCAAGGAGUUCCCCGAGAUCAACUUCUUCGGUCUGCUCGUCGGACCCCGUGGAAACUCGCUGAAGCGGAUGGAGAGAGAGUCCGGCGCGAAGAUCAGUAUCCGAGGAAAGGGAAGUGUCAAGGACGGUAAAGGUCGACCAGAUGCUUUCUCCCAUGAUGAGGACGAUGAGCUGCAUUGUCUUGUGAUGGCGGAUGACGAGGAGAAAGUCAAGGCCUGUGUUGCUCUGAUCAACAAGGUCAUCGAGACCGCCGCCUCGACACCCGAGGGUCAAAAUGAUCACAAGAGGAAUCAGCUUCGAGAACUCGCAUCAUUGAACGGAACAUUGCGUGAUGACGAGAACCAGCUUUGUCAGAAUUGCGGAGAAAAAGGCCAUCGUCGAUGGGAAUGCCCCCAACAGCGAAUGUACAACGCCAACGUCAUCUGUCGAUUGUGCGGUGGUGCUGGACACAUGGCGCGAGACUGCCGUGGUAGGGGAGAUCCCAAUCUGGCGCAGAACAAGCAGACUGCAUUCGACUCAGAAUACUCUGCGCUCAUGGCCGAGCUCGGAGAAGGUGGACAAGCCGGCGCAGCUGGCCGACCUGCUGCUGCUGUGCAACAACCGGAGCAGAGGAUACCUCCUUGGAGAAUCCCAGAGAACUGGAAUACAAACAACUUCCGUGGUGUCGGACAAGCACCACCCCACAUGGGUUUCCAACAGGGCUAUUCUCAAAACGCUGGUUACGGAUAUGGAGGCUAUGUUGCAGAAUCUGGCUACUCACAGGCUCCCCAAGCUGGUGCAGAUCCAUACGCUUCAUACUAUGCCUCUAUGGGUCAGACUGCUGGAGCCUAA